CUGCUUUGCAAAUCUAAUUGUCACCGGUAACCGCCGGUUUCCAUCAUUGAUUUGGCGGAGAUUAUUAGUUUACACCAAACAUUAACGUCUCAGUCCCAAUCCCUUCACCAUUUCCCGAGGCAACUUUCAUCCUUAUCGUCACGUCGUCGCCGUUCGUCGCGAAUCUCCGAUCGCCUCUCUCUCGUCCGUUGUUGGGAGGUUCCAGCACACGAGGACUCCCUUAGGAUGGCAGAUAAUGAUGGAGAAGACACUACCUCUCGUGGAACUGAAUGGGAAGUUGUUUCACUCACUGCUUCGGCAUAUGAAGCUGCUCCUAGUGCGAAGGAAGAUGAACAGAGUGAUGAAAAUAAAAGCAAUUUGUAUGAAGCAGAAACUUCCCACGCUCUUUUUAUGUCUAAGCACUUUGUAUUUCCACCAAGUCAGCACGAGAAUUUGCCAUUGGCAGAUGGCGGGAAAUCUGAUGGGAAGUCUGAAGAUAGCUUGAAUUUAGAAGGGUUGGGUGAAACCGAUGAGUUUUCAGGGAUUGAUAAAACUACAGAGAAAGGCAGCAAGUUGUCUUUUCAUGGUGAUGAUUUUGGUGAAAAUACCACAUUACAAGAUUUGAAUCUGGUUCACAAGGAGCAGGACCUCUUUGGUGCCCCUACAUAUAGUUCUUUUCAUGCUGAAAGUGAUCUCAGUUCAACGACAUUUGGUGAAAUCCCUCCACCUGAACCUACUGAUCAAGUCUCAACUCCAGAAAUCUCAGAAACUCCUAGACUCAAUAGUAAGAGCAAUAAGUCCAGUCUUCCUUGUGGUGCUUGGUGGAAGAGAAGAUCUGCUAGUUUAUACUCUCAUGCGAAAAAAGCGAAUGCAUUUUGGUCCAUUUUCAUUGCAGCAGCUGUUAUGGGACUUGUAAUACUUGGGCAGCGUUGGCAGCAGGAGAGUUGGCAAUCUCUGCAACUGAAGUGGCACAUUAGUGUGAAUGAUCAGAAGACAAACCGAGUGUUGGGACCAAUAGCUCGGCUUAAAGAUGUGAUCGUGGGAGCCCAACGACGCGGUUCGUCGAUCAAGUCCAGCCCCAAUGAGUUAUAAGAUGAUGACGAUAACUGUAGAAAAGGAGGAAACAGAAUGAAAGAAAGAAAGAGGUUUGUUGGUAGUUUGAAUGGUUGAGUGUCUUUGGCCGUCUUGCAAACUUGACACAAGUACUUCGGGGAACAUAUUGGAGUUUGAUUAUUUAAAUUAAUAUUUAAUCUUGGUGGUAUAGUACUA